CGCCGGCCGCACCCCAGCUAGGGAACCUCGGAUUUGGGCGUCCGAGCUUUGUGUGCGCCCAGGGGAUCGUUGCAAGUUCUGCUUCUGCCUGGACGGCUUUCCUGGAUCCCAGAAUGUGGCCUCACUGAGAGUCUUCUGCCUGUGGACUAGGGAGCGGGUCUUCCGCGCGAACUCUUGGGUGGGAAGUUGAUCUGCACUUCGGCAACAUGACCAGCCCAGAAAGCGCGCAAAACAAGGAAAUCGACUGUCUGAGUCCAGAAGCGCAAAGACUGGCGGAGGCCAGGCUCGCAGCGAAGCGUGCAGCCCGCGCCGAGGCUCGAGAGAUCCGGAUGAAGGAGCUGGAACGGCAGCAGAAAGAGAUCUAUCAAGUCCAAAAGAAAUAUUAUGGGCUGGAUACAAAAUGGGGCGACAUCGAGCAAUGGAUGGAAGACAGCGAGCGCUACUCUCGUAGAUUCCGGAGAAACACCUCGGCUUCUGACGAAGAUGAGCGCUUGUCCGUGGGUAGUCGAGGCAGCCUAAGGGCACAGCCUGAGCUGGAGUAUGGGAAUCCCUACACCUGGACUAACGGUUAUGACGGAGACUAUUGUGGAUCCCAGUCCCUAAGUAGAAGAUCUGGCAGGAAUUCCAGCUACGGCAGCGGCGAUGGCCGAGUCUCUACUUUGUCGUCCUGCAGGGAGGAGAAGUUGGGACUCUCUUGCUCCAACCUUGGCCUUCCCAGCAGUGGCCCUGCUUCCAAACCCCUGUCUAUCCAGAAUGGAACCCGGCCCUUCGUUCUGUGCAAUGCUGCCCGGCCUGCCGGGAGUUACUGGGCGUCCAUGCUAGAUGACAGCAGCCUCUAUGGGGCUCGGAGGGGAAGCGCCUGUGGUUCUCGAGCACCCUCAGAAUAUGGCGGCCACCUCAACUCCAGCUCCAGGGCCUCUUCUAGGGCCAGCUCUGCAAGGGCCAGUCCUGUGGUAGAAGAAAGACCAGACAAAGACUUCGCUGAGAAGGGCUCCCGUAACAUGCCUAGCCUGUCUGCAGCCACACUGGCAUCUCUGGGCGGGACUUCCUCCCGGAGAGGAAGUGGAGAUACCUCCAUCUCCAUGGACACCGAAGCAUCCAUCAGGGAAAUCAAGGAACUUAAUGAGUUAAAGGACCAGAUACAGGAUGUAGAAGGCAAAUACAUGCAGGGACUGAAAGAGAUGAAGGACUCGCUGGCCGAAGUUGAGGAGAAGUACAAGAAAGCUAUGGUCUCCAACGCCCAGCUAGACAAUGAGAAGACCAACUUCAUGUACCAGGUGGACACACUGAAGGACAUGCUGCUGGAGCUGGAAGAGCAGCUGGCGGAGUCUCAGCGGCAAUACGAGGAGAAGAACAAGGAGUUCGAGAGGGAAAAGCAUGCCCACAGCGUCCUGCAGUUCCAGUUUGCUGAAGUGAAAGAGGCCCUGCGGCAAAGGGAAGAGAUGCUCGAGGAAAUCCGACAGCUGCAGCAGAAACAGGCGGGUUUUAUCAGGGAGAUUUCUGAUCUUCAGGAAACGAUAGAAUGGAAAGACAAAAAGAUAGGGGCAUUAGAAAGACAGAAAGAGUUCUUUGAUUCCAUAAGGAGCGAACGAGAUGAUCUUAGAGAAGAAACAGUCAAGCUGAAGGAGGAGUUGAAGAAACAUGGAAUAAUCCUAAAUUCAGAAAUAGCCACCAACGGAGAGACUUCAGACACAGUAAAUGACGUUGGGUAUCAAGCCCCUACGAAGAUAACAAAAGAAGAGCUGAAUGCCCUCAAGUCAGCCGGGGAGGGGACCCUAGGAAAAGCCAAAGAAGUGGAGGUGAAAAAGGAAAUUGUGGAGAAAGUGGGGCAAAGAGAAACCUUACAGAAUUCUGAGCAAGAACAGCCCAAACCCAACACAGGAAAGGAUUGUGUGGACAGAGGGGUGUCACAUCCUGGUGAGAAGGCUGAGAACCAGAGACCCGCUGAAGACAGCGCCCUGUCCCUGGGACCACUAGCAGGGGCCAAAUGUGAGCAACAGGUUCAGAGCCAAGAUCAAGAGAAUACUUCUGUCCUCCAAAACCCAGAGCAGAUCGAGUCACACAAGGUCACAGACAAGUCAGAUGGUAGGGCCAGUAACUCCCCUGAACAAUCCAGCUGCCUGGGAGGUCUAGACAGUGAAGUGCCAGGGCCCACUGAGGAUUUGAAAACAGAUUUGGGGAAAGGUAGCUCUGAACCAUGUCCAGACUACAUCUUGGGGCAAACAGCUGAAAUUGACAAGGUGACCUGUACAGACUCAAGGGGCACAGGCGGAAACCACACCGAGGAUGCUGUACAGGCAGGGGGCACCACAGUUGAGGACCAAGUAGGGACAAUGGCUUCUGGACCUGCAGAACAAAGCAAAGGCACCAAGAAUCACAGUGAAAGUUGUCUGAAGGAUGGGCUGGGGCAGAGCUCAGAGAGAGAACUCGCCCAAGAAGUAGCUGAGCCUGAGGAAGCCCUCAUUCAGAUCCCACAGGCCGGUGGAGAGAACACCGUUACCAAGGGCGAAGACGUGGAAGUAAGGGAUGAGAAGCCCAUCCACGCAGAAGCCCAGGCAAGCCCUGGAUCUCCCAUAGAUCAGAGUGACCAUCAGGACAUAACAGGACCAGGCAGCACCGAUGCCAAGAGCACACCACCUCACACUAAAGAGCACAACAAACAAGGGAAGAGCGAGCAGCAGGCAGAGGCCUUGGAGUCACCCCAGAAGAAGACAAAGAACAAGAAGAAGAAGAACAAGAAGAAGAAAGCUGCAGCUCCCAUGGAAACCUGCAGAGAUGCCAAUGAAGAGUUGAACUGUCAGGACCCAGACGUGGGUGACAUUGAGGAGGAAGAGCGGCUCCAGGUCACCGACAAGAAACAGGCGGCAGGAAACCCAGAGCAGAAAAUCGGAGCCGGAAGCAAAGAUCCUCAAAGUGGGUCGAGUGGAAAACAGAACGAAGUGGAAGAGGACAGUCUCACAGAAGGUCCCACAGACAUCUUGGAUCAGAACAGUCCUCCAUGUGAAGAUGGGGAGAUCUCCCCAGUGGGAGAGAAAGGUCCCCAGUGCAAUGCCUCUCAGAUAGGUAGUGAACAGGGGCAUGUCACCUCCCAACAUGGUGGUCGGACAGUUGAGAAGGCUAUUGAUGGCCAAAGCCUAAAUGACAGUGACCUGUCAGGGCAGCUGGGGGGCGUCCAUUCAGAAAGUGGAGAGCAGGCAAGAGAAGAGGCUGGGAACAGCAAGAGUAAGGAGGACUGCACCAUGUCGUGAGGAGGCAGAGGCAGGAGGCAGAGAGAGCAGGAGACUUAGCCCAGUAAGCUCCGUCCCUCAGCCACCCAUCCUUCCGCUCCACUGCCCUGCUGAGGUUCAUGAGUGUUCCAGUUUCUGUGGAUGCUCCAUCUGUCCAUCACCAAGCAUCCACGACUUUAAGUCUUAGACUGUUACCUGUAGAUUUGUACUGAACCACUGAUCUCCUAGCCAGGCCUGUUUUUACUUGCAGUUCUAGCUGAGAACAUUCCAUUAGCAUCAGGGGACACCAGGUGUGCAUUCCAGCCUGAAGGUCAUAACGUAGCGUUUGCUUCCAGCCAGGAUGAAUGUGGAUGUUCUUGACCAAAUGCGUCAGUAUCUGGUUGAAAUGACCAAACGGGGUGUUCGUAGAUUUCUGCAUUAUAAGCAGUGAAUAUCCAAAUAUGUGUUAUUCAAAUAAAUGUAUUUUCAUAUUUGAUCUUAAUAUGUACACCAUAGCCUGUUUGGUAUUAAAUUUAAAGGAGUAGACAGAUAAGUAGCAUAUAGGUCAGUGGGUGAGAAGGAGCUACAUCUGAGGUGGAGAUUAAUCACUGUAGAGAUUCAGAUACGUUCCAGAAAACACAGGGAGACCAUGUGCCUUUACCUCACAUAAAUACUUUAUUUUGCACCAAUGCUCUUGGAUCUUGUUGCCAAUGGUACCCAAAUUAAUGUUAUCAAAGACUUUUAUUUUCACUUUAUGCGGGUGAUGUGAUAAAUUCAUUUUCUAUUGAAUAUUUUAUUUUUACUCUUCUCUGCUAAUGACACAUUGAAAUUAUAUUUCCUACUUUAGUAUCGAGGAGAAACAGCCAUUAUUAUUUUUUUAAUAUUAAAGUUAUCUUUCUGCCCGAAUGUCUACUUAAAAAUUACAAAAGGCUGUUCUUAUGCAAAAGGACUCAUUAGAUUAUAAUCUGACAUUUUGUGUUUGAUAUAAAUAUUUUUAUUUGUUGUUUCUCGAUAUUUUCUUAUUGGAAAGUUAUUAUUUUAUCUGCCUGAAGGAAGUAUGCAUUUUCUAUAUAAAGAAGCAUUUAGAAAAUGACUGUAAAGUUGAAUUUAAAAGUAUUAGUAAAUAUACAAUCACAAGAGGAUGCACUAUAUGACUGCUGUUGACAUGUUAUGGAGUCAUGUGGACUCGCACUACUGUUACAAGGUAGAGUGGAAUGCAAAAUGACCAAAACCUCAGUGACCUGAAGAGUCAUAUAAUUGAAAUAAAAGAAUUUUCUAAUUUUA